AUGACCUCCCUAGUGUUGAUUGUGGGGUUAAUUUCCCUUUUUGGCAUCAUUAACACUGACAAAGUGUCACCACGGCCAAGCUUUAAAUCCUUCAGAGACGACUAUGACAGUGUGGCUAAAACAUGUGUGGCUGUUGGAUACGUAAAAGACAACUGUAAAAAGAAUCUGGACAGAAAAAAUACAGCGUUCAACGCCAAAGCCAAAGGAAGUGCCCAGGCAGUAAGUGCUGGGGACAUCGUUAUGUUUGGAGAUGUCGAUCUGAAUAUAGGAGGCGGUUUCAACGUAGUUAAUGGAACUUUCACCGCUCCAAAAUCGGGGGUUUACGUCUUUGACUGGACAAUAAUGACGUACACCAACAAAGCUGCUUAUACAUCGCUGGUUUUGAAUGGUCUUAGAACGGCAUAUAACCAUUGUCACAACAUUAGCCAUGGAAUUCAAAUGUCAUGCAGUAAAAUGGCUGUCGUCAGAAUGGAAGCGGGAGAUCAGGUUUGGAUUGAUAGCUUUGCUGGAACAUCAUCAGUUUACCAGAAGUUUUCUUCUUUUUCUGGUUAUAUUUUGUGA